AUGGCAACUACAUCAAAGGCUCAAUGUGCGAAAUGUGAGAAAAAUUCUGGUAUACUCACAUGCGAUGGCUGUUUAGAAAAGUUCUGCCGACGAUGUUUCAAUGAUCAUCGUCAAGAUUUGUCAAAACAACUCGACAAUGUUGUUUAUGAACACGAUAUGCUCAAACAGCAGCUCGAAAUGCCAAACGAAAAUGACUCACAUCGUUUGUUGAAACAAAUUGAUAAAUGGAAGGAAGACUCUAUUCGUAAAAUUAAUCAACUCGCUGAUCAAUGUCGAACUGAUGUUGUUAAAUUGCUACAUAAAAACAAGGACCGGCUUAUAGAUAGAUUUCUCAAGAUAACGAAUAGAGUUCGUAAAGGUAGAGACGAUGAAGAUUAUGAUGAACGAGAUCUCAGCAAGUGGAUGGAUAACUUAAAAGAAUUAAAAAAUGAACUUAUCGAACCAUCGAACUUCCGCGUCGAAGAGGAUAAACAACAGUCUUCUUGGAUUCAAAAGAUCAGAGUACACGACGAUUUCCACGACCAAGCAAAAGAUGGAUAUUCAAAGCUACAAUUCUCAUCGUUAUCUCCGGCCAAGCCACCACCAGCUGGAAUCCAGUUGAAAACAUCUAGUAUAUCGGAAGCAUAUCCGACAAAACUAUCCAAGGAAGAGAAAGAACUUUUAGAAAAAUUAAGCUCUAAUGACAGAACAACUCUUGAUAUUAACAACAACAAUAUAUCAGAUGCAGGAGCAAAAUCAAUUGCAGAAGCCUUGAAAACAAACCAAACAUUAACAUAUCUUCUUAUUAACAACAACAAUAUAUCAGAUGCAGGAGCAAAAUCAAUUGCAGAAGCCUUGAAAACAAACCAAACAUUAACAGAUCUUCGUAUUGAGAACAACAAUAUAUCAGAUGCAGGAGCAAAAGCAAUUGCAGAAGCCUUGAAAACAAACCAAACAUUAACAGAUCUUCGUAUUGAGAACAACAAUAUAUCAGAUGCAGGAGCAAAAGCAAUUGCAGAAGCUGUGAAAAAGUAUAACGUCUGUACGGUGAAUUAUUAGUGCACUGAAUGUGUUAAUGAGAGACGCCGACGGCGGACACCAGUCCUGGUAUUCGUAGGAAAUCCGGUACAACGUUCGAACCGCGGAUAAGCACGUCCCUACUCGACUCCCACUUUGAAGAGCAUACCUCGGGCUAUCAGCCCAUGGGAAAAAGAAUACAAGUCUAUUGGGAAAUGUUUACAGACGAUCUGCUUUUCCAAAGAUCUCUUAGAAAAUCUGUUUCAGAAAACUCAUCUGAAAACAAAUUUGAUUAUGCAACCUUAUCCAAGUAUAACAGAGGUAGAUGAACAUAUUUACAAAGUUUGGAUGUGGGUGAAACUUGCAAAAGUUGGAACUUCUUACACCUAGCAUACCUCUUAGAAAAAUUAGUGAGCUUGAAAAUUAAUUGUACUUCUCCCCGUAUAUAGGUUCAAGCUGACAAAUGUGAGGACUUAUCGACAGUUGAAAGAGUGUAAAUUAAGAAUAUGCCCCGUUUUCUCUUGUAACUUUGUUAAAUUUCGUAAAAGGUGGACUAUUUCUCAAGCACUUGUAUUUUUCCAGCUAAUUUUUGCUAUAUGUUUUUCACCUACAUACCGCAGCGUUGUCCGGUAUAAACGAUUGAAGACCGGAGCUUAGAACUGUUCUUGGUGAUUUUCUUCCUUGAUGUCGUGUUCUUGUUUACUUCAUAGCAGCAUUUGCUUUUGUGAACACUUUCCUCCCAAGACUUUUGGUGGGAAACGUCGAAUGGAAAAAUGUCGAAAAGGAAAAUAUCGAUAAGAAAAGAGGAAUACGUCUAAAAGGAAAAGAUUCCUUUCUGUUCCUUGAAAAUCAUCGAAAGAGACAUAGGUAUUUUUAUCAUUAAGGUUCUCGUCAGACUACACUGUAAUGUCGAGAAUUAUAUAUAGAAAAUGCUCGGCGAUUUUCAAAUAGUCCAUACAUAAAUUCCUUGAAUAUUUUCGAGAUGCUAGAAAAUUGAAUUUACAAGAAACUUGAAAAUUCGACCUCGUAUUUCCAGAAUUCUAGAAAUUCGGGGUCGACUUUCUAUAAACAAUUCCCAAGACUCUCGGAAUUUAAAGCCGAUUUUCCAAUAUUUUAGAAAUUCGAUGUGGACUUUCAAGAAUCUUGAGAAUUAUUUAUUUAUUUAUUUAUCUAGAACAUUAUAAAAUCAACACCGAAUUUUCAUAUUUUGAAAUUCUACGACGAUGUUCUGAAUAAAAUGAAAAGUCAAUUUAUAGAAAAUAAAAAUCAGAGAGUGGCUGCAACGGUGAACGUCUCACGCCAACCACACGCGUAAUGCAUCACUAUGCAACUUGGUGCUGAAGCAUCGACUCCAAAAGCAAUCAGAAAAUACAACAGCUUUUUAACAAUGAUUUGACACACUCAAAGGAUGAUUUCUGGAUAGAGAAAUGAACACAGAACAGCUGCUGGCUGAAUUAUCGUUCGUGAUCAGGAGAUACAAAAAAUUGGAUCACUUCAGUCGGAUCACUCAUUUUUCUUCUGCUCUCGUUCGCUGUAUGGUUUAAUAAAAUAUCUCUUUCAGCGAGUUUCAUGGAACAGAAAGGAAUCUUUUUCUUUUCGAUUUCUUCCCAUUAUUCGCUUUCGACGGUUUCCUUUUCGGUAUUUUGCUCUUCUGCAUUUUCUUCUUUGACAUAGUAAUACAAUGACUUUGCAGGAAAGUAAUGCAAAUGGCACCACCAGUUCCGGCGUGGGCCAAAUUUUUAAUUUGUAGCAGUAUGAUACUCAUUUGGCGAUAACUAUCAUUAAUUCUUGAUAACGGAAAUUGUUUGUUGAAUAUAUUUAACAGUUUACGCCAUCCAUCAAUAUCUAUAUCAUUAUUUUGUUGUAAUAAUCCUAAUGAUAUUUUAUUACCAGAAUCUAAUCAAAUCAAAUAUUGUUGAUUUCUAAGCACAUCGAAAUGUUAUUGUGGUUGUUGUCGCUGUAGUAGUCAUUCGUUUACUAUUCAGUUUUGAUGUAUUAUGUGUUUUAGCUUUUACUGAUGUUGUUACUUCAUUUAAAAACUGACAAAGUUAAUGAACCUUCGAUAUCACUCUGCAACGCAAUGGAAUAUACUUCCAAAUAUUCAUCAAAUAAAUCAUUAUUAAUAUUUUGAUAUCGGUGUUUCAAUCAUUCGUUGAUAAUGUUUCAUACAAUCGAUAGUUAAAAUGUUUUAUUCCUGAUGUUGUUGCUCUUCGUCACCAUUAUUUUCUUGAUAGUUUAAGAAAUAGUUGUCGUACAAUCUGUUUAAAAAUAUUGACUUUAACUCAGAGUUGGAACCGGUCUAAAAAUAAGAGGCCGGGCCGGCCGGUUCAAAACGGCAGACCGGACCGGACCGACCGGUGACCGGCCGGCCCAAAAAUCUUUUUUAGACCGGUGAAAAACGGCAAAAAGACC